AUGAUGGUGGUAGUGGUGACAUGUAUGCAAGAGAUAUUCUCGUGGAAUCCCCAAUGGCUACAGGGUGAGGCUCUAAUAAAGCCUCCCACCAGAAAAUUUUCCCAACAUAUGCAACACUGGCCCUACAAACUAGACUAUGAGAACCGGGAUGAAUACCUGUGCCGACACUUUCCUCACAUUUAUAGCCAGCUAUUUAUCAGUCUGUCGGAGGUAUUCAAGAACGACGCGCCGUCUCGUGUGCGGCACCGGCUGUAUGUGAAAGACAGUGAGAAUUGCGGUAAACAUGAACUCAACAAACGACUGGACUGUUAUGUCUUAAGAGAUAUAGAGAGACACCCGAAGCCAAUGGGCCGACCCUAUGAUAUGGUCAUCCUAUGGGGAGACCUACUCUGCGAUCGGUUCACUAUACUUACCAAAAGGUCUUUGGAGUCCUCUAUAGUAACCAAACACAUAGCCAUAGCCGAGGUUGUGCUCAAUGGGGCCGUUAUGUUGAGACAAAUGGAGAAUCUCUUAAUCAUGGAAAGAAAGUGUAGGAAACUAUUACACAAUAUCUAUACGGGUAGUGCUAUAGUGCACCGGUAUGUCGACAAUGGAUCCGUGAACAGCCAAACCGAGUUCACGGAAAACGCGGUGAAAGAGGCCAUCAAAAUGAUCGCCAGAUCGUCACUGGAUGUGAUUCUCCUGAAGGACUCGUCGCCCAGACUUAUGGUUGUGGACAUCACCGACAAUGAGGAACGGAUGGAAUGGCUGUGCGAUCUACUCGUGGACGGCAUCCGCCACUCGAACAUCAAUUCCGAAAAGCUCCGAUUCUUAAUGAUCACGGAAUCGGUGGCAAAGUGUCAGGCGUUGAGGGAGCGGCUGAAUAGGGUGUGUGGGGGCAGGCGGUUGAACGUGAAGGCCUGGGCACUGGACGGGGGACUGGGGUGGACCCGACACGCCGAGGUCAGGCGUACGGCUCGAGUCAGUGCCCGACAGGUAGCCGUCAGUUGCGGUCAUAAGUUAGACUCAAUGGUUAAUACUAUGAGUACAGCGUAUAAAGAGUUGUUUCACAAGAGGUUUAUCUAUCAAAAGGUGGUCGACUCGUGUCAAUACCCUGUUUAUAAAGCUGUCGAUGUUUGUAAUCUAUUGCCAGCCGUACAUAUUGUCAGGGAAGAGCUUUUUAGUAAAGGUUUUGAAAGUCUAUUAAGUACUCAUAACGUGAUACUGGGUACGUUUGAAACGGUACUAAACUGUCCGCAACUACUAUCUCAACCCAUUGACUGCUGUAUAAUUGAUGGGUCGCAUGGCUUAUCAGACCCGCACGUACUGUCCAUACUUCACACCGGUAUCCGGUGUCUGAUACUGACCGGCAGUAUUUAUCGUACAACCAUACCGGUGCCCACUAAGACCCUAACUAAUCCCGUGGUCAUAGAUAAUGGGUUUGAUAUAUCGCUAUUUCAUAGGUGUCUACAAAAACACAUUGAAUCUCAAGCGACCACUGAAUAAAAAUAUGUAUAUUUUUUCCUAAAGUUUUUAAUAACUUAUCUUGG